AUGGGGUUCUCUGUGACGGCGGCGGCGGGCGGGGUCAGGCGGAAGCUUAGCGCCAUCUGGAGGAGCUGCCGCGUGGUGUCGGCCAUGAUGUAUGCCAACUCUUGCGUCUCGCGUGUUGGGAUGGACCAAACCAGAAUCUCCCCGAUGGGAAACGGAACUUUCCUGCGCUUUUCGCCGACGUCAGUUUCCGGAUCGGCGUUGGCGGGCGAGGCCGGCGGUGUCUACGUGUACGUGUGGCUGUUCCUGGGCCUGCUGCUGCUCCUCCUCAGCCUGCUGGUCAUCGCCCUCCAUAGGCUGAAGAACAUUAUCUCCUCCUCCUCCUGCGGCGAACCUCGAGGCUCCUUCGCCAACGUGGAGAUCUGCAGCAUCACGUCCUCGCCGAAGUCCACUCCGUCCUCGCUACGCGCCUGA